AUGUUGGCCAUUGGCGAAGAUUUGCGGCGAGGAGAGCGCGAGCUUGUGUGCGUCGAGGCAUUGUGUCGGCUCAGGUGGGUCAAGGGAGCUAUCAGACAGCACACAGUGUGCCCGAUCUAUGCAGCAGACGUGUCCUCCCCUUCUCACGCGUCCUCACACGACUGACUAGCUGGCGGCGCAGAGAGAGAUCAGACGCUGUCACUCUCAGGUGAGCAUGCGAUGCAUCUGGCAUCAGAUCUGUCUGUGACGUUCGAGUGUGUUGCAGGCCUUGCCUCAUUCGAGCCAUCCGGCACAUCGUAGCUCAUAUCACUCAUCACGUGCCAGACAUACACAUUCAGGUAGGCAAGCAGGCAGCAGAGAAUGAUGCGUCCAUUGCACCACUAUCUGUCUGUGACGUCAUCAUCUGUGUGUGCAGUGGGCCACUGUGAGCAUGGGUGACCGUGUUGUUGGCCUGCUCGACGGCCGUGACGUCUAUGCUGAUGGCCAUGGCGGCUAUGCUGUGAAGGUCAAAGGCGAGAUGCGCCCGCUGCCGUCAUCUGCCCACGACAAAACCAUCAUGUUCGCUGACGUCCUCAGGUGAGAGAGCGCCAUGUUGGAUGAAUGGAUGGAUGGAUCGCCGCCUUCUCGUGCAUCUCUAUCUGUGUGUGAUUAUGUCAGCCAUGGCGCCACAUUGCGGCCUCAGGGGGCCAACAGCAACACCAGCAGUGACGGGAACAGCCAUGAGGGCUUCGUCCGCAUCCCCAGUGGAGCGUACCACAAGGUGGUGCAGGAGGGCACCGGCAGAGUGCCCACAGCCACCGACCGCGUCAAGUACAACCACAUCUCGUGGAGUGAUGCGUUCGACGGCCAGAACAAAGCAUACGAGGAACGUGGGCGGGUGAAUCGUGUGUCUGAUUGGGUUCUGUGGGAGCGUGAGGCAUUGCUGUCGAUGCCUGAGGGGGAGGUGAGGCAAAUCAUAGUGCCAGCCACACAUGGCGCUUACGUUCAGCUGCAUUUGAUCAGCAUAGAGUAGGAGAGAGUGCACGCAGACACACACAUGGCGGCGGCUCUGUGUGUCACACACUCAUGUGUGUGGCCGGGGGCUCCUCCCUCUUUACCUGGCUGACUGUGUGCUUUGGUUCUGAUCGGAGGAGAGGGAAUGUGCCGCUCUCUCACUCACUCACUCACUGUCUGGCUGGCUGGCUGGCUGGCUGGUAGUUCUUCGUUUCGCUUGUCCGUCGUGCUCUCGUCUCGGCGGGCCGGCUGUGUGUAUUGUGGCUGCCCCUCUGUGAUACAAUGGGCGACAUGUGCCCACUCUCGCCACCUCUCUCUGCGUUUGUGUGUCUACGGGUGUGUGUAAAUAUUAAGAGAGGCAUACAAACUGCGGCGGAGUCAGUCAGUCAGUUCGUCAGAUACACACAUGACCACCGAGGUGCCUUUUAAGCGGCCGACGGCAAACAGGCCGAUGACAGAAUGGCGUAUGUGGGCAUUGGCGAUGUCUUGCUGGCUGUCUGUGUGGCCCCACACUCAUCAAGGACGAUUUCUGUGUGUGGUGGCCUCUCAAUCACCGACAGCGGGUAGGCCGUCAUCCGCAGUGUGUGUGUUUGUGAGGUGCCGCUUUGGCAGAGCAUUCUCUAGACAGACAGGGG